AUGGAUUUGCGGGCCUUCCCUAUUUGUCAAAAAGUCGUUGACGAUUUCACCGCAAACUCCUCGAAGCGAGGGGACACCACCGGUUGCGGGGACAAUUUCUCAGGCGCCGUCCUCGCCUAUAUCGCGGAGUGCCUCGAAAAGGGUCAAACCUCUGGAGAGCUGGACCUUCAAGAAGCAGUCGCUUGGGGUGUGGCCUCUGGAGGGUUUGCCUGUUUUUCGGUAGGAGGGACCUAUCUCGAGAAAGAGAGGGGGGAAAAGAGAAGACUUAUUGAAUAUUAUCGUCGCCACUACGUUUCUCAGCUCCAAAAGUCAAAGCUAUAA